AUGGUAAAGGUUGCUGUUUUAGGAGCCGGAAUAAAUGGCUUGGCUUGUGCUGUUCAGCUGAAGGAGAAAUAUAAGAAUUUUCAAGUGACACUAAUAUCUAAUGAAUUCUCACCAAAUACGACAGGAGAUGGAGCGGGUGGUUUAUGGUUUCCAUACAUGUAUGGGACAACAUCCUCCAAACUUAUAACGCAAUGGUGUAGUGAUACACUAGCGUUUUUGAAUGAAUUGUGGCAAACAGGUGCAGUAAAUAUUUGUCUUAUGCCUGUUUACUCUCUGUUCACGGAUAAAGAACAAUUAAGUAAGCCUGACUGGCUUGAAAUAGCUUAUGGGUAUAAAGAACUCAAUAGUAAGCAAUUGGAAUACUUUAGCGAACGUUACUCAAGAAAAUAUACUGCAGGACUGACUUUCGUGACGUUUGUCACACCCACAACCAAACUUUUGGAGUAUUUUACUAAACGCUUUAAAGACGCACACGGUGAAAUAUUGCAAGCAAACAUUUCAUCGCUACAGGAUCCUGUGUUGAAAAAAUUCGAUGUAAUAAUAAACUGUACAGGAUUCGGCGCAAAGUUUCUAGUGUCAGAUGAUAAGAUGGCUCCUGUUAGAGGUCAAGUACAAGCUCCAUGGCUAAACGAAGUGGUAAUUGAUGACUCUGGGCACUACAUUAUACCCAAUGUCGAAGCCUGUGUUCUCGGCGGUACUCAUCAAGAUAGCAGCGAUACCAAGUUGGAACCAAAAGACACCGAGUUUAUUUUAGACGGGUGCUGUAAACGUAUACCCAGUUUAGAGCAUUCGAAGAUAGUUAGCCAGUGGGUGGGACUCCGACCUGUACGUGAAGCUAUCAGAGUGGAACCGGAGCUGGUCGACGGCAAACUGUGCAUCCAUAAUUAUGGACAUGGUGGCAGUGGAUUUACACUAUUUUGGGGUUGCAGCAACCAAGUUUUAAAAAUAUUCGAAACGUAUUUAAAUAAAAGCUACUUAUCGAAUAGGACAUCUAAACUUUAA